ACAGAACGUUGCUUCUGAGCUCCCGUGCAUUUUGGACACGCACCGACUCGGGUUGGGAGGCAGGGAGUGACAAACAUAUUUCUCUGAAAGGGAUUUUGCUGUACUCCCAUGUCUAUUUUAAAAACCUAAUAGACGUUUUAAGUUUUACGUUUUCGUGUGUCUGCUGCACUGAUGUGACGUUUGGCGUUUCACAAGCGGAUAAAACGCUCAGGUGUUUGUUUUUCAUAGGUGGAUUUCCUGCCUUUUUUAAAAAACAAUUCCUAAGUAGAGGAGCGACAGGAGGCUUUCCCCUGCGGUAUAUUUCUUUAUUGCAAAACUCUUGUUAAACCACGUCAGUGUUUUUCUUGCUUUCGUUUUUAAAUAUUUAAUUUCUAACCACCGACAACGCCGAGUGGCCACGUUGGAACAAACAGAUUGAAGAUGGACGAGGCAGAGAAGUACCAACAGAGACUGCAGGCGAUCACUGAGAAGCGUCGUCUGCAGGAGGAACAGGAGAGGGCCAAGAGGGAGAUGGAGGAGGAGCGGCUGAGGCUACAGCAGCUCAAGAGGAAGUCUCUUAGAGACCAGUGGCUGAUGGACGGCCCCUCUUCCCCCACAUCCUCAGAGCCUCGUUCCCCGCUGUGGGGCUCCCAGGCCCAGGAGAUGGAGCAACACAUAGACAAGUUGCAGACAGAGAGUCAACGGUUAGCGGAGGAGGAGGAGAAACUGGAGCAGCAGCUGGAAGAUGGCCGAGCUAAUGCAGCGGUGGUGGUGGAGGCUACAGCAGAAGCAGACCAAGCAGUUAUCUUGGAGAAUGGACAGGAAGAAGUAGAGGCUGAAUCCGUUUUAGGAACAGUUGAGGCAGCACUAUUGGAACGAGCUGAGAUCCUCACCAAUGGGAGAGGAGAGGGGGAGGGGCAAGCUGCUACCCACAAUGCAUCAGAGGAAGGCGGACUGCACAACAGCACCAACGGUCCAGUGACAGUCGUCCCUGAAGAUGGUGCCAUUACCAUGACGUUCCUGGGGCUCAUGGAGGCGGAGCCAGGCGAGGCUCCGGUAAUCGAGGAAGGAGGACUGAUCAUGAUGCGAGCGGAGCGAGUGAUUAUCAAUGACGAUGGAGACGAGCUGGCAAAUGAUCUUUCCUCUACGGGUCAGGAACAGGAAGUAGACUCAGCCGUGUCCAAUCAGAGGUCAGAAUCUCCUGAGGAAGGAGGAAUUGAGGAGACGAAACCAGAGACAACUCCUGAAGAGUCCUCAGAAGUAGCAAAAGAGACUGAGACAGAGGCAGACACAGUAACCAGAGGUUUAGGAGAAGGACAGAUGGACACCGUAACUAGAGAUUUAGGAGAAGGACAGAUGGACACAGUAACCGGAGAUUUAGGAGAAGGACAGAUGGACACAGUAAUAGGAGAUUUAGGAGAAGGACAGAUGGACACAGUAAUAGGAGAUUUAGGAGAAAGACAGAUGGAGGGUGUGGGAAACAGUGGUGGAGAGGAAGAGGCGCAGCCAGUAGAGGAAGCUCCUGUGUCUGACUUGCAGGCCCCAGAUGAUGGCGUUGUGGCUGCCGUUCCCGUCUACUCUGAGACCUUACUCACCCCCAGGCCCGACGCAGAGGGAGAGGCUGCAGGCGAGCCGGCAGAGGGCGAUGUGGAAGUGAAGACUGAAGUGGAAGUCAAGGGGGAAGAGGAGGCCUCGCUGGCCCCAGAAUCAGCCAUCCUCCCUGGGGGCCAGUUCCUGGAGGUGUCCCUAGUGGAGCCCCGGACUGAGCCAGAGCAGGAGCCCCUGCUGUUCCCAUCCAAGGCCCAGACCCUGGCCUUGGGGGAGCAGGCUCCAGCCACCCCAGAGACACUGACCGCUACCAGGGGAGAGGCGGAGGGAGGGGUCGAUAUGGCUCCCAAACGCAAGACCUGCCAGUGCUGCUCUGUCAUGUGAUCAAUCAUUUCGUUCGCUCUCUAUCUCUCUACCAAAUUCUCCAAUGCUUUCUCUGUGUAAUACUACAAGAGGGACUUGAGUCUGCCUCUAACACUGUGAAUGAUGGUGUUAUUACUGAAGUGCCUUGUGGAUCUCCUUCCCUAAGGGUAUAGCUCAGUUACCCAUCCAGAGGAACCUGGGUUUUGUUCAGUAGGGCGAAGUGCUUUGAAAUGAAAAUUCAAAACCAGUGUUUUUCUUAUUGGACCAGGUCCAGGUAGGCCCUCCCUGUUCGAGUCAGUUUUUUUUAUUUUGAUGAACACAACCCUGAUGAACACAACCCUGAUGAACACAACCCUGAUGAACACAACCCUGAUGAACACAACCCUGAUGAACUCAAGUUUUUUUCCUAAUGAACACAACCCUGUCAGCCUUGCCUGUGUUACUGUUGGCUGGUACUGAGAAUGAAAGACCAGUCUUGAUCCAUUAUGCUGUAUCUGUGUAUCCACCCUACUAUUCACACAGAACCUGCUUUAAACUGAACUGUGCAGGCUGUGAUAGGAAUUCUGUUUGGGGGGGCGCUUAUGUGUGUUUUUAGUGAAUUAUUUUACAAGGGAAAUGCUUAUCGAAGGCCCUUAUCUUAUUUUGUCCAAUGCAAGGCCUGAGGAUUGAAUCAUGACCAGUACAGUAGGUAUGUGUCAAAGGCCUGAGGGUUGAAUCAUGACCAGUACAGUAGGUAUGUGUCACAAAUGAAACCCUAGUCCUAACAAAGUGCUCUACUGUUGCCCAUGGUCUAUGGUCUCUGGUUGAAAGUAGGUCACUGACUGUACAAAACAUUAGGAACACCUACUCUUUCCAUGACAGACUGACCAGGUGAAAGCUAUGAUCCCUUAUUGAUGUCACUUGUUAAAUCCACUUGCACAUGGAUUGUGCAUGUGUGCCAUUGAGGGUCAAUGGGCAAUCAACCUAUUGAAAUGCCUUUGCACAGGGUUUGGUAACAGGUGUCAGGCGCACCGGUUUCAGUGUUAAGAACUGCAACAGCUCCAACCAACUUGACACAACUGUGGGAAGCAUUGGAGUCAACAUUUCUCAAUCUUAUUUUGGUCCAUUAUCAAUUGUUAAAGGGAAAGUAUGUUUUUAUAUCUAAAUUCUAUGCAUUUUAUUUUCUCAGUGUAUUUUCCAUAGAAUACAAACAGUGCUCUGACAUGUAUAUAGCCACCAUGAAAUCAAGUGGGAGGGGGGUUUAUGCAUAUCUUUCUUUCAACAGGAUACUUUUGAACUAAUCAAUAAUGGUUUAGUGAUUAAACUGACACUUGUGAAAUAUUAUUUGA